AGUCGGGGCGCCAAAAGGUUCUCAACCAGGCGAACUUUUCCCUGCUCCUGUUUAUAACCUGAGGUACGUCUCCAAACCGCGAAAAGACUACAGCAGACAGCAGAAGAAAUGUCCAAGAGAUGCUCACUUGUUUGCCAAGGAGGUCAUUCUCCUUCCGGAUCCAACCACCUCAUUUGUACCAAGACGUGCCAGAAGUGAUGGGAUGGCCUCAAUUGAAGAUAUUAUUGGGGGUCUUCGGGCUAAAAUAAGUGAGGAGCACGUGGUCCGAUUCAACAUUAUCCGAAGAAGUGUUUGGGAUUCCACCCUCAGGACAAUGGAAAGACCCAAUUUCUCACCUGAAAAAAGGCUGGAUAUAAAAUUUACAGAUGAUGAUGGUCUGUCUGAGGGGGCAGUUGAUUUUGGUGCCCCAAAACGUGAAUUUUUCCGUUCAUGCUUACAAGAGCUUAAGGAUUCAAGUGGCAUGUUUGAGGGGCCAUCUAACAGCAAGUUUCUUGGUUGCAACUUGACAGCAACCAGAACAGAUGCAUACUAUCGUGCUGGUCAGCUAAUGGCAAUGUCCAUUGUACAUGGUGGACAAACGCCAUGCUUCCUUUCAGAGAAACUGGUUCAAGCACUCAUUAAGGGCCCACAGACAGUGGAGGUAACGGUUGAGGACAUUGCAGAUAUGGAUACCCAGUCAGCCUUGAAGGAGCUCAGAGAGUCAGAAAAUGAAGCUCAGUUGAUGGAGGCAGUGAGAGAGACAGAGCAUUUGCUUAGUGUGUCAGGGUGCUCUAAGAGAAUUACUUUGUCGAACAAAGAUGAUGUGUCCAAGGAUUUGGCGCAUUGGUAUGUCUUGCAGAGGACGAGAACACCUUUUGAGAGAUUCAAAGAAGGACUUGCCAGUCUUGGGGUUCUAGAAGCUCUUCAGCAACAUCCUCAGAAAAUGAAAACAUUUUUUUUUAAACCUACAAAGAAAUUGUCAGCAGUUGACCUGGAAUCGCUCUUCAAAUGUCGCCUCUCAGAAAAGGAGAGCAACAGGUUUGAGUGGGAGUGCAGAACUUUGGGAUUUUGGAGAGACUACCUCCAGGAUGCAGAAUUUGAUAUGCAAGCAGUUACACUUGAGGAGAUCCUUAUCUUUGCCACUGGAUGUGAGACUCCUCCAGCUCUGGGCUUCUCUCCUGAACCAUCUGUGGAGUUUCUCGCAGACAGCAAAUUCCCUACAGCCAACACGAGUGACAACGUUAUCAGAGUUCCAGUCAAGGACACAUAUGAGGAGUUCAAAAAUGACAUGGACUUUGGCAUAAAAAAUUCCUCUGGAUUUGGAAUGGCCUAGACCCUUCCUCUGUUGUUGUUCCGUACGGCUGUCUGCGAAUCAUACAGUACUGACUUUUAUUUUGGAGGAAAAAAUGUAGUCAGUACUAGCUUCAAAGUGUAACUGCUGCUUAAUAUAUAUAUAUAUAUAUAUAUAUAUGAGUGGUUUAGCUAGUUGAUUUAGAUGCCUAAAGUUUAAAGCUUCUUUCAUUCUGUUGUGGAGAUUGAACUGUUUCCUUAACUUUAACUACGUUUGGUCACUACACAGAAAUACAGAACAUUUACUAACAUUUUGUCAUUGGUACAGUUAUUGGUGUGCAUGUGUUUGUGUGCCUAGAAUGUUUUUUUGUCUUUCUCUUUGAGUGAAAUCUCAAUAUUUGUUAUUGUUAGUAUCAAUGUUCAAAUGUGUACAAAUGUUGAAUAACUCAAAUAUCUAGAUGGUUAUUUUCUGAAGUACAAAUUUCAAUUUGACAUGUUGUUUUCCAGUAAGAUCUCCACAAGGAACAUGGAUGUCCUCCAAGUAAAAAAAGUUAAUAAAACAAGUUAAAACAA